AUGGUCCCAAGCCUUCUCUCAAGCGUCUCUGCUGUUGUCCUCGCCACCGCUUUGUGUGUCGUCGGCAGCCCGUACAUUAGUCCCAAGGACCUCCAGUGGAUCUGGGACAACCGUAUGAAGUCGGACAUGACUGGCCACGACAACUGGAUUAUUGAUCACAUCGUGAAGAACAAGGGCUCGCUCAACUACUGCGUCCGCUGGGACAGCCAGACCAUCAAGCUCACCAAAGAAACCGCGCAGAAAAUCGAGGCAAUGUUGGCCCGCCAGUACGCUGCGUGGAACCGCUGGCUCAUCGGCUACAACUGCUGGCCGUACGACGAGAUCAACAUCAACAUCGUCGACUGGGCUGCUAGGAAGGCCUCCGACCUGGAGUGGUCGGAUAACUCGCUCGGCAAGAUCUACAUCGGCGACCUCGACCAGGACGGGGACCAUCAAUGCCCGAGAACUGCUACCGGGCGGCGGACGUCCAGCGGCUGCGAGGGCAAACCGUUCGACGUCUCGCUGUGGCCCACGGAGGAAAUGACCGGAGGCUUGGGGAACUACAACUUCCAGCAGUUCGGUAUUGAGACGUUGCUGGACGGCAUCGAUAACGAGCAGCUCACGGUCGCCGCGCACGAAAUCGGCCACAGGUUCGGCCUGCCGGACUUCUACGAGAUGCCCCAGCCGCCCAACUUUAAGCCCUGCCUCAUGUGGGGGCUGUCCACGGACACGAUGAAGGACACGGACGGCUGGAUGGUUCGCCGCGUGCUGGAGAACAAGAAACCCAAUUACCACUUCUAA